UAAUGCUUAUAUUCAGAAAUAUAUUUUGACACUCCUUCAGCUGUCUACGGUCCGUCCUCUGCCCUCCACCACCGCACCACAUAUCUUCACCAUUUCGUCUUCUCCUUCAUUCGCUCAGCAAUUUGAGGGCUGAAUUUAUUACAAUGAUUUGAUCAAAAUUACUGUUCUAAAAAGAAUAGUGAGGCUGAUCUCAAACUUUUUUUUAUUAUAGGAUGGCAAAUUAUUAUGACAUUGAUGAUAUUUUAGCUGAAGAAGAGCUUGUUCCAGCUGUAUUCCAGAAGACUGCCAAUGCAGUUGGGAUAUUUGAUUGCUGUGAUGAUAUGAAUAAGGUGGGAGCUGGUAUGGAAGUAGAAAUGCCGUUUUGGCUUGCCCGUGAGCUAUAUGUGAAACAAGCUGUGAAGAUUAAAGUUCCGUCAUGCUUUGACACCAAGGAGAGACCCAGAGAUAGACAUCGGGAUGAACCUCUCAAAAGGAGGGAUAGAACAAAGGAUGAGAUCGGAGCUGAUGCUGCACAUGUGGAUUUGAGAGGCCGAUGCCCAUAUUUUUACAACUUUGGAUGCAAGAUAGCAAGACUAACCGGUGACAAAACAAUAGGGCCUUUUCUGUUGGUUGCAUUUCGGACGAGAUACAAAGAAGUGUUGAUCAAGGCAUACACUGCAGCAUCCGCAGUGGCUUCCAAACACUUAACACUUCUAACACAGGAAGAGAUGAAAUUGUACGAGGCUGGGCAAUCCUCAACAAUGGCUUUCAAGAAAUGGCGGAUGGGUGGACCUAGACUGCUGAAAGCUUCUGUGCUUGGGAGAAGAAAGAGAAAGCCAACCGAAUAGAUUUUGUUAUCUUUGUGUAAUCAUCAAUCAGUCAGCUAUUAGCUAGGAAGUGAAACUGAUACGUGCUUGUACCAAUAGCAUUCAGUGCAGAUCUAUUCUCAUGUACUGUCGUAAUAGAAACUAAGCAUAAACAGUAGGGAGAAGAGAAGAAAGGGUGUAGAAAAGGGAGAUGAGAAAGAAGUUGAAAGUUUCAUUCAAAACUCAGCAUAAGGACCCUUAUUACAUAAACAGUCAAUAUAUAAUCUUGCUCAAACUA